UCAGGCGGAGUUCGGAGUUCUUAAAACGUUUGGGUAGCUUCUUCAGCGCUCCACUUCGUCGCUCACUUAUUUGAACUGACAUAAUUUUUCUCUGGGGCUCCUUGGAGCAGUAACAAGUUAUGGAAUAUCCACAUUUUCAGGCGGGUCAACAUUUGUAAUAGUUUUGUGGGUUUAUUGCAUACAGUAUUUCUCUUGAGUGGAAGCGCUCCCGGGACAGGAGAGUUUUCUGGUGUGUAACUACUUUCCUUUCCUUUUUUCUCUCUCCCCUCAUUGGAUUUUUGGUGCACUCGUGCGAUGUCACGGACUAUUAAAAAAGGAGAAAGACAUGUUUGUGAAUAGCGUUUGUGGUUAACGUGUAAAAGUGAUUUGGGGUUUAUUUUUUAAACCAGUUGAGCAACAGCGACAGGACUAUAAUCAAUGUGGUGUCAGCUGGAAGGACGCGGGGUCCGGAUCUCACCUAAACGCUGAUACGUCUUGGGAGUGAUGCACUGGCUUCCCCUGGUUGCCAUGGUGAUUGCCUCGGCCCUGCCCUUCCCUCACAACCCCGUGUCCAAGAUUGCUACUGCGACCGCCGAGCCUGGCUUCGACAAACGCAGAGAGCACCGGCAUGACCCAGCCGCUCGCCUCGCAGCUGCCCCCGCGGACUACAGCUUCAAUGGAAGUGCCUCGCAGACGGACUACAACAUGACUGCUGCGCUCAGUCAACACAGCAACAGACAAAACCUCCAGAGCCGUAAGGAUUAUGUAAAACCUAUACGCGAAGAGACAUUCAAGGUGGAGAGUCGAGGAACCCACCAAUCAAACAGCAACUCAGGCAGCAAUGACAGAAGCAGCUUAGAUGUUCCCACAGAACGAGCUACACUCAGGGCCGAGGAUGUUUCCCAGGAUAGUUCUGUUCCCAAGGAUUACAAACCUGGCAGCACCAGCAGGUAUGAAUACGCAGGCUUUGUGGACUUUUCCAAGAAAGACAAUCUUCAGGACGCUACUGAUAGGCCAUUGCAGGUUUCUGCAUUGGAAAACCAUGUGAGUCCUGCUACAACACAUAAGGGUCAAACAGGACCAAAACUGACUACAACUUCAGAUCAGUUCAGAGAUACACAAAAAAUCGGGACAGCGAGCCAGAGGACCGUGGGAACUGGAAGAGGUUUUCCUAAAGAAAGUCUGACAAUGGAGGAUGGUCUGGGUCUGGGAGGGCUGGAUAACAUCUUAAAGGGAGACGAGUUGUUUCUCGAUGCUCAUCCUCGGGUCCUGUUCUCAUCCUCUCCAUCACCUCCGGAGGACCCACCUCUUUUGCUCAUGUUAGAGACUGGCAUGCUGGAGGAGGACAGGGAUUGGGAGGAGCAGGAGGCCAUCGAGGGUCACGGCGACCGCGCACUCGACAGGAGUACGACUUUGUCUUGGGCAGACUCUGCUAGAUUUACCCGCGAGGGUGUCCAUCCUGUUAAAAGGGAUAAACGCUCACAUUUGACUGACAGAUCAAAGGAGGGUAUUAGGUCAAGGGAACAGUCGGUGUGCGAGGCAAUAAGUGUGUGGGUUAACAAGACAGAAGCCACUGACUUCAAAGGAGAGAAUGUCAGUGUCUUACAGGAAAUCCAGACUCAGAGAGGACCUCUACAACAGUACUUCUAUGAAACUAACUGCCACCAUCCCAACAACCGGAUCCAGUCAAAGGGUGCUGUUGCAUCAGCGAAAUCUCUCAAACCUCGAGGGAUAGGUGUGGCUGGGGGCAGCUGCUUGGGAGUGGAUAAAAAACAGUGGAACAGUGAGUGUAGAGUCAAGCAGUCGUACGUGCGAGCACUCACCAAAGAUAAUCGAAACAGAAUCGCAUGGAGGUGGAUUCGAAUCAACUCGUCCUGCGUCUGUGUGCUGCUGUCCAGAGCAAAUCCGGCAACGGGGAGGGAGGUUUUGACAAGAAGGGGGAGGGCUUAAGAGACAGCACAAAGUGAAGUGACACAGAGCAGAGCAGCUCUGACAUCCUUCUGUGUGCACUUUCUCUUCCUCGUGGUCUUUCCUAGAACAUGAGGGAAGCUAUCUCUUCUUAAAUCCAGACCUUUUCAGAUAUCUCUUUUCCUUCCACUACAACUUUAUGUGACUUUUGCAUUUAAAAAAACAAGAAGACCUCAACACUAGAUCUUAGGGAAAAUUGUCCUAUAGAAAUUUUACUUUAAGAAGUACUGUUUUUGUAUGAUUUAUCUUUCAUAAUCUAAGUUAUUUUUGAUUAGUAUGUAAGCAUGUGUAUGUCUUUGAUAUUAAUAUAUUCCUAUAUAUAUAUAUAUAAGUGUACAAUAUGACACCAGUAUACCUUUAUGUAUGAAGCUAUGUAUAUUUGUGUGUAUUUAUAGAAGAAGCCUUCACGGGCUUGUAGGUCUCUCCAGUGUCUGAUGAUAAUUCCAGCCUCUGGUCCGCUCGUGUUGUAAGAGGAAGGAGCGCCCCCUACUGAGGUUCCAUUUUACUGCUCCAAACUCUCACCGUAUAUUUUACCAUGAAACGUUACAGUUAUGGUUUAACUAAGACUGCAGCGCGGGCACAUGCUAGCGUGAUUUCAGCCAGGCAGAGGAUUUUUUUUGUGGCAGGAUGUAUCUGUGCAUGUGGGCCUCACAUGUGGCUCAUGAUUGUAAAAGCAUGUGGUUUGUAAAUUAUGUGACACUUAAACAAGCUGAUUUACCAUCUUUGCGUUUGUUCAGUUGUCCUGCCAAACAUGGUAAUAAAGGAACUUUGU